AUGUUCAGAUCCGUCCGCCUGUUUCGAGGAUUGGAGCUGAUUCCUCGGCACCGAUGGAAGCCUCGUAGAUUCUCUGCUUCCUUUCGAGGGGCUUCGUGCCUGACGAGGUGCAGGGGAGCUCUUCAUCCGCUGCUGCUGCUCGGUCCGGCCUUCUGUUCCUCGCACAGCGUAAAUUUCAGAUCCUUCUUGGUUUCUGCGAAGGCAUUGGAAGGGAGUACGGAUGCCGACGGGGCAUCUUCACCUGUCUCGGUGACUACCCCGGUGAGUCGCGGGCAUUCGUCCUACUCUCUUCGCAAGUGUGCGGUGCACGCGAGUUUAUAUCUCCCAGUUAAUUUCAUGGUCUAUGCUUCUCUUUGGUUUAACAUCGAUCAAGUGAAGUAUACGAACGGUCCUUGCACGAACAUUGGAUUAUUGAUUGAUCUUAGUGUGCUCUUUAAGAAUGUUGUUCGUCGCUCAGAUUCAGUCUGUUAUACAGACUGAAGUCGUAGGAUUUACAACUUCUCUAGAUGAUUGUCACGAGGAUGGUUACAAAAAUAAGCCGCCAAUUAUCAGUUCUUCUUGUUUAGACUGUCCGGGAAUUGACACUUUAUUUACUGUUUUAGGCGCACAAACUCCGGAUUAGGUUUUGUCAGUCUUGCGGUUCUCCAACUAAUCCUAUUGUGCCAGAUGGAGACGAGAAACUCAGGGCAGUUUGCACGGUUUGCGGGAAAAUACACUAUGAGAAUCCAAAAAUGGUGAGCAUCUUUUGCUUGUGUAGUUUCUGCAACCACAUUUUGCCCGAUGGAUCCGAGGAAUGAUUAAAUUACCAUCGCUUAAUAUAUAUGCCAUGUAUGCCUUAAUUAUCGUGACCGGAUUCUUAAAGAAAAAUGAACUCUGGCUGACUUUAUCAAUGCAGCCAGAUCAUCGGCUGUGAUUGUGAGUUUAUUUUAUCACACAUCGUCAAUUCAACACUUCUAUUCAUAUUAGGAAAGGUGAUAUAUCCAAAAAAUUUAGGAACCAAAUAGAAUAUUGAACGACCAUACUGAUAGAAUUGCCAUGUUCAAAGGCUCAGAACUGGAUGCUGAACUUGAAUAUGACGGAUAAUAUUCUCCAGGUAAGGCAGGGAAAAUCGUCGCUGAAAAAGGCUUUAGCAUUGGUAUUUCGAGAAAGGGGCCUUUUGCAAAUUCAUUUCUGGUUAAAAAGAAAACCACCCAGACCCAAUGAACAGAGGAAUUAAUAUCAUAAAUUCGUAUAGUCACUCGCGUCAGGUAGGGAAUCAGGAACGAAACGUGGUCUAGUUUCUUAAUGGUCUCUGCAAUUACACGAUGAGUUUAUGCCGAUGCAUGUCAGCGUUGAUAAUCCACAUCAAAGUAAAGAUUUAUCUAGGUUUAUGAGCAUCAAACAUGUCCUCUGUCUACCACGUUUUGUAGAGCUAUGUCUAGGUCCCAGUUACUUAUAUCUGUUUAGUGGGGGUUUUUUUUUUCUGAGUUCUUGAACCGUCUUUUAAAUGCUGGAGCAGCCGUUUUAUUUUAAUAACGUCUGUAUCUAUAGAGUUUGUAAUCUGGAGUUUUUCUGCUGAAGUUUAGUCCCCUCAUAAAAGAAUCGAGUUUCUAUCUAAAUGGAUGCCUUGUAUUCUUAGGUCAACGUCUUUUAUCUUUCUGCUCUAGAAGUAGCAGAAAUUCAAGGAAAUAAUGUACCAUAGAUGCAAAUCUAGGAUAUCGAAAACCCAGGUACAAUACUUUCGUCCCAUAUUCAGAGAGAGUCACAGGAGGAAGGUAUCAAUGGUGCGAAUUUUCUUGGUUGGUUUUUUAUAGAAGAUUCGAGAAUGGGUAAAGUGCAUUAUGGCACAGACGGCAGAGCGUCUGGAAAAGUGUUAUGAUUUAUAACGAAGAAUUUUCCUCCUCAAUUUCACUGGCAAAGUGACGAAAACAUCGAAAGAUUUUUUGCUGUUCAGCUUGCUCAACUGUUGUUGUAUGCUUUUUAUAUAAUGGAUAUAUUAAUGCUUGCACCAUUACAUGGCGUAAAUUUCAUUUUGUAGUCUAUGAUCCUUUUCUUUUAUCGCAUAUUCAAUGCUAGAAGUUGAAGCUUGCCAUCUAUUUUUGAUGCUCAUUCGUUACCAAUGGUUUCUACAGGUUGUUGGUUGCGUAGUGGAGCACGACGAUAAGGUUCUGCUAUGCAAACGGAAGAUUGAACCUUCAUUUGGACUCUGGUACGCACUUUGCAGUAGUCUUUCUGUCGUAUGUCUGGACUUAAGAGUGGAAAUCUUAAUUCUGUAUUUGUAUCAACUAAGAUAUGAUGUGAAAUAAAAUCCCUUUUUCUUCAGUGCCGAACGUCAAUAGAUGCUUAAUCAUACGGAAAAGCUCAGUUACAGUGUUUCCCAAACGAAAAAAUUGUCUUCUGGCUGUUAGUCCUAAAUUAUCUAAUCACCUAGUAUGAUAAAAUCUGUGAGAAGUCUGUCUCUUCUUCUUCUUCUUCUUCUUCUUCUCGUGAUCCGAACAUUGUAAGCACGGUUAUCACCGGGAAACAUUUGAAAGAUUAGCUCGGAAUAAUAACUAAUGUUUGGCAUGCGCGUGUCCUGAUUGAUGGAUAUAUUGUGUCAGGAUUCGAAACCCAAACGAACCCUCGGAUGCCCUGAAACCCCCCCACUCUUUUGGAUGUCUUUGCAGGACCAUACCUGCAGGAUACUUGGAAGUCGGGGAAUCCGCCAUGGAAGGGGCGACCAGGGAAACCCUGGAAGAAGCAUGUGCGGACGUGGAAGUGACUUCACCGUUCGCCCAGCUCGACAUCCCUGGAAUAGGCCACGUGGGGAGAACUCUCUUCCGAAUCCUCGGUACUCUGUAUACUGAAUUGCCAUUAAUGUCGUGAAGAUCAUCCAUCUCGUGUCACCUGCAAUACAGAGUUAUGUCAUUUUCCGAGCUAAACUGAGAAAGCCCCACUUCUCACCGGGCCCAGAGUCAUUGGAAUGUGCGCUUUUUGCCCCCGAUGAGAUCCCCUUCGAUUCCCUCGCCUUCUCGUCCAUCAUCGUCGCCAUGAAAUUGGUAUGCUAUAGACCUCAGACUGUUCUUCCUUCUCUCCCCAUCUCGAUGAACUCGUUGCUCAUGUAAUGACCGACUCUCCCUGCAGUACAUUGAAGACGUCAGGGCCGGAAGCGUCAGGUUUCACUACGGCAUCAUAAACAAGAGGUAAACACCCAUUUGAACGAAACCCCCGAGUCAACUCUCCCUGAAUGAUCUCGAGUGAAGCUUUCCUCUUUUUAUUCUGCUGCAGACCCGGUUCGAGCCCGUCCGAUCCCAAUGGCUACACCCUGGAUAACCACAUACCUUCCUGA